AAAAACAAUACCCACAGUAUUUAUACCUUAAACCAAAAAUUACCGGACAACCAUGGCACUAUUCAUAUGAAGAGCAGCAAAAUAGAUUCCACAUUUUCUGCUUCUACCUCCUUUUCUUCUUAUUUCAUGUGCACUCACUCUUGUAUGUUGUAUCUCAUCUUUCUUCUCUCUAUGUACAGUGAAGUGUUUCCAUAACAAAGCCUAAAGCCCAAAACAACUCAACACCUUCCUUUGGUCUUCUGGCAAACUGCAAGAAGUUAAGUGCUUAUUCCCUCUUAAAGCUUUACUGCCUUAGCAUCAUAUUUGUCUUUGUGGUUCCUUGUUGUGGCCCAUUCCUUCUUGCUAUGGGGUAUUUGUAUCUCUUGCUGAUUUCAUAUUUGUCUGCCUUGUUGUAUGCUGCUUCUGCAUUGAACUCUGAUGGGUUGGCUUUGUUGUCCCUCUUGAGGGACUGGACUAUUGUGCCUAGUGACAUAAACUCCACAUGGAAGUUGUCUGAUUCCACUCCGUGCUCAUCUUGGGCAGGAGUGCAUUGUGAUAAUGCCAAUAAUGUGGUUUCUCUAAACCUCACUAGUUAUUCUAUUUUUGGUCAAUUAGGACCUGAUCUUGGACGUAUGGUUCACUUGCAAACCAUAGACUUAUCAUAUAAUGAUCUAUUUGGAAAAAUUCCCCCAGAAUUAGACAACUGUACCAUGCUUGAGUACUUGGACCUUUCUGUAAACAACUUUAGUGGAGGAAUACCUCAGAGCUUCAAAAACUUGCAAAAUUUGAAGCAUAUAGACCUUUCAUCUAAUCCGCUGAAUGGUGAAAUUCCUGAACCCUUGUUUGACAUUUAUCACCUGGAAGAAGUGUAUCUUAGCAACAACAGUUUGACUGGUUCAAUUUCCUCAAGUGUUGGGAAUAUCACUAAGCUUGUCACACUGGAUCUUUCUUAUAAUCAGCUGUCAGGGACAAUUCCCAUGUCCAUUGGAAAUUGUAGUAACUUAGAGAAUCUAUAUUUGGAAAGGAAUCAAUUAGAGGGAGUUAUUCCUGAGAGUCUAAAUAAUCUCAAAAAUCUUCAGGAGUUAUUUCUCAAUUAUAAUAACCUUGGAGGCACUGUUCAAUUGGGAACUGGAAAUUGCAAAAAGUUGUCUAGUUUAAGUCUUUCUUACAAUAACUUCAGUGGGGGUAUACCAUCAAGCUUGGGGAAUUGUAGCGGUCUAAUGGAGUUUUAUGCUGCACGGAGUAACUUAGUUGGCAGUAUACCAUCAACCUUGGGCCUCAUGCCCAACCUUUCUCUUCUAAUCAUUCCAGAGAACCUAUUGUCUGGGAAAAUACCUCCACAGAUUGGUAAUUGCAAAGCACUGGAAGAGUUGCGUUUGAAUUCCAAUGAACUUGAGGGAGAAAUUCCCAGUGAAUUGGGAAACUUGAGUAAAUUACGCGACCUUAGAUUGUAUGAAAACCUUUUGACAGGAGAAAUUCCACUUGGCAUAUGGAAAAUUCAAAGCCUUGAGCAGAUCUAUCUGUACAUUAAUAACCUUUCGGGGGAGCUACCUUUUGAGAUGACAGAGCUCAAACAUCUUAAGAAUAUCUCCUUGUUUAACAACCAGUUCUCCGGAGUCAUACCUCAAAGUUUAGGAAUCAAUAGCAGUUUGGUGGUGUUAGACUUCAUGUAUAAUAAUUUCACUGGUACCCUUCCACCAAAUCUUUGUUUUGGAAAGCAACUGGUGAAGCUGAAUAUGGGUGUCAAUCAAUUUUAUGGUAACAUACCUCCAGAUGUGGGAAGGUGUACAACUCUUACAAGGGUGAGACUUGAAGAAAAUCAUUUCACUGGGUCUCUUCCUGAUUUUUAUAUUAAUCCAAAUCUCUCUUACAUGAGCAUCAACAACAACAAUAUCAGUGGAGCAAUUCCAUCAAGUUUGGGAAAAUGCACAAAUCUCUCUCUUUUAAAUUUGUCCAUGAACAGCUUGACGGGUCUUGUACCUUCAGAGCUUGGAAACCUUGAGAAUCUCCAGACUUUGGAUCUUUCUCACAAUAACUUGGAAGGUCCUUUGCCACAUCAGCUGUCAAACUGUGCCAAAAUGAUCAAGUUUGAUGUCAGAUUCAAUUCCUUGAAUGGUUCGGUUCCAUCAAGUUUUCGGAGCUGGACAACAUUAACAGCUUUAAUUCUCUCAGAGAAUCAUUUUAAUGGUGGUAUCCCAGCUUUCUUGUCAGAAUUUAAAAAGCUCAACGAGUUACAACUUGGUGGAAACAUGUUUGGAGGAAACAUUCCUAGAUCAAUCGGAGAGCUGGUGAAUUUGAUAUAUGAACUAAAUCUAAGUGCUACUGGGCUGAUAGGUGAGCUUCCUAGGGAGAUUGGAAACCUGAAGAGUCUGCUAAGCCUGGAUCUAUCUUGGAACAAUUUGACAGGAAGUAUACAAGUUCUUGAUGGGCUCAGUUCAUUAUCUGAAUUCAACAUCUCAUAUAAUUCUUUUGAAGGUCCUGUGCCACAACAGCUAACAACAUUACCAAACUCUUCUUUAUCAUUUUUGGGCAAUCCUGGCCUGUGUGGCUCGAAUUUCACUGAGAGCAGCUAUUUAAAGCCUUGUGACACAAAUUCAAAAAAGUCAAAAAAGCUCAGUAAAGUUGCAACUGUGAUGAUAGCACUUGGAUCUGCAAUAUUUGUUGUUCUGCUGCUGUGGUUAGUAUAUAUAUUCUUUAUCAGAAAAAUUAAGCAAGAAGCCAUAAUCAUUAAGGAAGAUGAUUCUCCAACCCUUCUUAACGAAGUGAUGGAAGCUACAGAAAAUCUAAAUGAUGAGUAUAUUAUUGGCAGAGGAGCUCAAGGAGUUGUUUAUAAAGCAGCAAUAGGUCCAGACAAAACAUUGGCUAUAAAGAAGUUUGUAUUUUCUCAUGAAGGGAAAAGCUCAAGCAUGACCAGAGAAAUUCAAACCCUUGGAAAGAUUAGGCAUCGAAAUUUAGUCAAAUUGGAAGGGUGCUGGUUGAGAGAAAACUAUGGUCUAAUUGCAUACAAAUACAUGCCAAAUGGAAGCCUACAUGAUGCUUUGCAUGAGAAGAAUCCACCAUACUCCUUAGAAUGGAUUGUUCGGAAUAACAUAGCACUUGGAAUUGCUCACGGAUUGACUUAUCUCCAUUAUGACUGUGAUCCUGUCAUAGUGCACAGAGAUAUCAAAACAAGCAACAUACUUCUAGAUUCAGAAAUGGAGCCUCAUAUUGCAGAUUUUGGUAUUGCUAAACUUAUAGAUCAGCCUUCUACCUCAACACAGUUAUCAUCUGUUGCUGGUACACUUGGUUAUAUAGCACCAGAGAAUGCUUAUACAACAACAAAGGGUAAGGAAUCUGAUGUAUACAGUUAUGGGGUAGUUUUGCUGGAGCUGAUAUCCAGAAAGAAGCCAUUGGAUGCAUCAUUUAUGGAAGGAACGGAUAUAGUUAAUUGGGCAAGAUCUGUCUGGGAGGAAACGGGAGUUGUUGAUGAAAUUGUUGAUCCAGAGCUGGCUGAUGAAAUUUCAAAUUCUGAAGUGAUGAAACAAGUUACCAAGGUGCUUUUGGUGGCUUUGAGAUGCACUGAAAAGGAUCCACGUAAGAGACCUACGAUGAGGGAUGUUAUCAGGCAUUUGUAGAGAUGCUAAAAAACCCACAUAAGAAAGAUGUUCUAGUUUGCUUAAGGCUUAUUUAUAACUUAUAUAAUCAUGGAAAAGAUUUAUGUUUUGCCUC